CUUGGUUAAAGCGCGCGUAUUGUUAUAUGAAAUUCUGCUGCAAAUUGUUAUCAAAACAAUGUAUUUUGUAGGGUUAUAACAAAAUUGUUACAGUUCAGUUGAGUAUCUAUGAUUUAAUAUUGCUACUAACAGUUCGUUUGGUUUGCCGAAACGUAAAAACUGGAAUAAAUAAUGACUCAAAUGAACGAAAACAUGUUUUAUGUGAUUGAGUUAGUAGAUUUUCAUCCGUUUAUAAAAUUCCAUAAAUAUGUUUGCAUACCAAGUUGCUGGAUAAUGCUGCGUGAAAUAUCAGACGAUGCAGCCAUCGUUAAAUUUCCAACGGAAAAAUGGUCCAUUACGAAAAAACGUGUAAAGAAACAGGAAACAUAUUUAAGAGACUGGAUGAUUUUCAACGCCAAUAUUAAAUACUGUACAGAUUCUUAUAAAGAUGCCAAAGAAUACAUCAAACUACUUAAAAAAAUAACAAUUCAAGAAAAAGGAUAUACUGAAAAUACUGAAAAGGACUUAACAUCUACACCUGACGAAGAACAAAAAUCGCAAUCUGAUUCAGAAGAUGAUGAACUUAUGGAAUCUCUAACUGUGACACAAGAUGGACCGAUUCCAGCCGUUGUUAAUUCACAAAAUGAACAAUAUUUAUUAAACAACAAUAAUAAGCAGUUACAAGAGAUUGAGAGUUCUGAUCAAGAACGCAAUAAAUAUUUCACCAGGUAUUCUGCACAACACUCUUCACUAGCAGCCAAAGUUAAUUUAAUGGAGCAAGCUGUACCGAAGAUGGUGAUAAUGGUAAAAAAAUUAAAAAAUGGAUUUGACGAGAGCAUUAAUGCUGAUGAUAACGAAAAAGAAAACAUGUCAUCAUUGAAUAAUAUUCCCAAGUUUCAGAAUCAAUUACAACCCUCGUUGAUUUUACAAACACUAUUUAGUAGUGAGUUUAGGCAAUUAUUAAACGACUUGUAUUCUGAAUGUGAAAAAAAUAAAUUCAUGAUUGAAGCCCUGUAUCAUGCGUAUUCUAAGCACUGUAUGGCGAUAAAGACAUUUCUUGACAUGCUAGAUAAAUUUCAGAAUAUUAUUAAUACAUCUGAUGUUCCAGCAAUAAAAAAAAUAGAAGAGAAUUCUGGUAACAGAAUUGACAAUAAAAAUAAAGAAUUGAACCAAAAAGAAGUCCAUGGGCAUAAAGAAAAAUUAGAUUCUCGUGAUGCAAAGGAGGAAGGCAGAAAUAUGAAUAAAAAAGACAAGACAGAUGAUAACAAUACUGACCACGCUCCGAGCAAAAUUGAACGUCGAGAUCGAUCAUUCACAUUGCCACCAGAGUAUGACGAAAAUGACUCGAAAUGGACAAUAAGGCAUCGCAAUAAAAAGAAGGGACUCGUUGAACUCAUGCCUCAUUCAGGUGUAUACAUCAAUGCCAUGAAACUAAACAAUAGUAAAAGACAUUCAAAUGAUACUAGGAGUUUUGCUCGAAAAUUGUUACCGGAAAUUUUUACUGAGAACGCAUUGAGAACGUGUUCUUUAACUGGCAAAAAAGCCUGCGUAUUUGAUCCUGAUGGCAUACAUGUAAGGCCUGGACUGGAUAAUCAUGCAAGAAUGGUCCUAUUGGAUUAUGUACAAAAAUAUUCACGUAAAAGAAACUGGAUUAUACUGGACAGGCAGUUACUUCAUACAUGUCUUCGUAACAAAAUUCAUAAUAUUAGAAGCAAGUAUAAUAAUACACAAGUUGGAAAUAAUUGCACUUAGUAAUAACAGUACACAUAGGAAAGAAGGAGUUUGCCACUUAUUUUAAUUAUAUGAUUACAUAAUUAUUAAUUGAUAGUAAUUUUAAGAAUGUACUUUUAAUUCUUGCGGAUUCCAAAUAUCAUCGCUUCAUCUA